GAGAUCCAUUUGCAUGUGGACACCUUUAAGGAUGAUUCCAACUCUAGCUACAUCACAACCAGGCGGCUAGUUCCGAGGAUUCUGACCCGAUCUAGACUUUUGAAAUAACCCUCUUAUUCACAAAUCACUCCUCCAUCUACCAUCUUUGAAAAAGAAGAGAAGUACUUCUACUAAUCGCAUGCGUCUGUCUAAAAGAAAGCUCCUGCAUGCAUAGCUGACACGCCACCUACUGCAAAACCCAGCUGCCAGCGCAGGCGGUGCUACCAGCAUUUCAUUGCAUCGCCAGGCUGGGAAGGAAUAAAGGCGUGCUUGUGUGGUAGUGUUUCUUUUUUAAAAGGAAAAAAAAAUCUCCAAGCCAAGAAGAACAAGCUGAAAUAGCAUCUUGAAAAUGGAGCGUAAAAUAAUCAGAAGAGAAAAGGAAAGGGAGUACGAAGGGAGGCACAACAGCGUGGAAGAUGCCGAGCAAGGCAAGAACUGCAAAUCCACGCUGAUGACCCUCAACGUUGGUGGAUAUUUAUAUAUUACUCAAAAGCAGACACUGACCAAGUACCCAGACACUUUCCUUGAAGGUAUCGUAAAUGGGAAAAUCCUCUGUCCAUUCGAUGCUGAUGGCCAUUACUUCAUAGACAGGGACGGGCUUCUCUUCAGGCAUGUCCUAAACUUCCUACGAAAUGGAGAACUUCUACUACCCGAAGGAUUUCGAGAAAAUCAACUUCUUGCUCAAGAAGCAGAAUUCUUCCAGCUCAAGGGGCUGGCAGAGGAGGUGAAAUCCAGGUGGGAAAAAGAACAGCUGACCCCCCGAGAGACUACUUUCUUGGAAAUAACAGAUAAUCACGAUCGCUCACAAGGACUGAGAAUCUUCUGUAAUGCUCCUGAUUUCAUAUCAAAAAUAAAAUCUCGCAUUGUUCUGGUAUCCAAAAGCAGGCUGGAUGGGUUUCCAGAGGAGUUCUCUGUGUCGUCAAAUAUCAUUCAAUUUAAAUACUUCAUCAAGUCUGAGAACGGCACUCGACUUGUACUAAAGGAAGACAACACCUUUGUCUGCACCUUGGAAACUCUUAAGUUUGAGGCCAUAAUGAUGGCUUUAAAAUGUGGGUUUAGACUGCUGACUAGCCUGGACUGCUCCAAAGGGUCAAUUGUUCACAGCGAUGCACUUCAUUUUAUCAAGUAAUUACCUGUCUCAUGAACAAAGGCAACAAGCAUGCAGCCAGCAAGCUUCAGAAGCCACAGAAUCAAAGGCAUCCCAAACAACGUGCCCAGCCAGCUAGUCCAGAGCCCGGCUGCUAAGCAAGUACUGUGAGCUAACGGUAUGUAAAUCUAUCACUAAAGAUGUCCUUCUCUGGGGUGUUCUGCCAUCACAUUUCCACCGACAGUGAAGCUGUGGUCUUCUAAACUGUAAAUAAAGACAAUGCUUUUGCUAUUUAUUUUUUUUUUUUUUUCCCUUAAGCUGUCUUUCAAUGAGAAUGUCUUGGGUACUUCAUCUAUCAUUCACUACUGCAAAUGCUAACAACAUACGAUUCAAAAUCUUUUCUACUUAAGAGCAAAAAUCCAUGAAGAAGAUGAACUGGUUUAUAAAAUAAACAUGGAGAGCAAAAUAAAUGUACAGAGCUACCUAAAGCAGGGGUAACAGUGAAUCAAAAUGUGACUGUAAAACACAUUCGAGCUACUGAUUUGACUUUUAAAAUAGCAGGCACCAAAAGCUUUAUUAUAGCUCCUGUAUUUCAUACUAGAAUUAUGGCUAAAUUGAUAUUUUGCUGAAAAUUUCUAGGAAACUGCUUGAUAACAAUAAAAAAUAAAUAAAAGCAUUGCUAGCUUCUCUGCUUGUAUUAAUGAUUGCAAUAAAAGUUACAUGUGUCACUUUAAAAACGAAUAGUACCACUUGAUGACUGUGCACGGUAUUCUGCAUUCAUGCAAUUAACUGUCAGGCUAUUGCGCCUUGCUGAUCAGCAAGGGACAGAAAUUAGCCACCACUUUCCAGUACAGCACAGCAUGGGUGGCCUGGUCCCAGCUGAGUGCAGGGUGUGCGAACGGAAGAGCCUAUUUCACAAUCACUCUAUGCUCAGUUUUCAAGCUCAAAAUGUUAAAUGAACAUUAUUUAACAACACUCUUAGAGAAGAACUUUACUGAUCUUUUAAAAUCUUUUAUGUAAAAAAAAGUCCUUCAAAAUUUCAUACUAAAACCUAACAAAGUCACCACCACCAACUACUCAAUUUCCGUUCUGCUACACUAAAAUAUCUGUUCUGAUGCUAAACCUCAAAAUCACAAAGUUGUGCGGAUUAUUUCUAUUUCAUGCUAACAUUUACAGAAAUUUUAAACUUUAUUUUAUGAAUGGCUGUUUAAGGACUAUUCUCCUAGCUAAACUCUAAAUGUGAGUGCCCACUUAUGUUGCAAAGAGCACCUGCACCACUCCUGUGGCUUCACCUACAUCAUUCCUAAUAGUUUCUAAGAACAAAUUGUCUUAAGUUUAAAAUAAACAAGCUGGAAGUGGUGAUUCAUGUUUGAAUCCUUCCAGUUGAGGCAGGAGGAUUAACACAUGUUUGAGGCCAGCAAGGGUUACUAUGUGAGGCUCUAUCUCAAAAAAAGCAAAAAGAAAAAAAAAGGAGGCAGGGAAGCAAUCAUGGAAACUAACAACUAUAAUCCAACCUUAUUAAAUAAACCAAAUAACCUGUUGAUUAUCUUGGCUGAGUUUAAAUAGUUAAUCAUAUAUUAUAACAUUUUGGUUACAUAUAAAAUUUAGAAUGAGGCUCACUAUUAAUUAUUAUUAACUAUAACUGACUUUUACUUACAAAAUCUAAGGUAAUAUAAAAGUUGCCUAUACAGACUAAAAGAAAUAAAUCCUUUAAAGGUACUGUGCAAACAAAGUCCUUCAAAAAUUUAUACUAAAACAACACUCAAUGUCAACUACAUACUUUUCUCAGAUGUCACAUUAAGAAAAAAAAUGCUUUGCCUUAUGUAUCAAAUUUUCUUAAUGAGCUAUAUAUGGCUUAAUCAGGACUUACAGGGACUAUUGAAACAAUU